AUGGAGCAUCCGAUACACGCGGUGAUGGAACCUUGCAAUUGGCGUUCUGUUGAUGCUCUCGGCAGACUUUCCCAGUUGUAUGUUGACCUGACAUUUACCAACCUUCUUCCUUCUGCUUUCGUGUCAACUUUAGAAGUGGCCGGCACUCGUGGCAAGCCGGGUCUGGCGCAUCGAGAUCUGAAACCGGGCAACAUCUUCGUCCGAUCGGAUUGGUCCUGUUGCAUCGGUGACCUGGGCCUGGCUGUACUGGCGCCGCCGAGUCGGCUACCGGAGCCACGAGAUCGCUUGCUGACGUUGUAUCAGCGAUUGAAUUGCCCGAUGACUGAGCAUACUUCGGAAUCGUCAGUUUCUGUCUGCUUCUCUUCCCCACCUCCACUCUGUUCCCAUGGCAACUCUUCUUCCCCGUCUCAUAGGCUCAAAUCUAAGGCUGAUAUCUAUUAUUAA